CGGAAUAUAGGAAGUGAAUUCCACAGCUCGCCGUGUUUGUUUUGACAGCUCGCAGCGAACAUUGGAGUAUUCACCGGUCCACCGACAUCUAUCUACGCGUUCUGCUCUUCUCUCCGAGCAGUGCUGGAGCAGAACAACCGACUCGACCCCGCUGCAGCACUGACACCACGGUGCGGGAAGCGGACCAGGUGGUGAGAGUCCAUGAGUCGCAGUCGGAACCCCCCACCCCGGGGUCAAGGGGCAGCUCGAGCCAAACAGAUGGGUCUGCUCCUUGACCUGUCCCCGGACGGCGGGAUGGAUGAUGAGGGCAACGAUGAAGACCUGGAGGCAGAGCUGCUGAAUCUGAUCGGGGGUGGAGGAGGGAGACCACAGGGGAGGAAAGCGGAAGGGAAAGCUCCUGUUCACAUGGCAGAAAUCGAGCGGAUGGCAGCCCUUUGCAUGAAAGACAUGGAUGACGAAGAAAUAGGGGAUGACGAUCUUGAUGAUGAAGAUCUGCUGGCUGAGCUAAAUGAAGUUUUGGAGGAGGAUGAGGAACCAGCUCCCACUCCCCCUGCUGUCUCACCAGCUGCCCCCAAAGGGACUGUCACUUCUCACUCUGCUGGUGGAACUGGGCUUGAGGCUAACCUGCUGGAACGUAUUGAAAUGUACAAGACUGCCCUUUCUAAUGCCAAGGCUGCAGGGGAGACGAGCAAAGUUCGGCGAUAUGACCGCGGGUUGAAGACAUUACAGUCCAUGUUAACAUCUGUCAAGAAAGGAAAACCAGUCAAUGAGGAAGAGAUGCCUCCUCCCGUUGCUCUCGGUGGAAAACCCAAUGUCCCUGCAGGGUCUGAAUCAGUCAAGGAACGAGAACUGCCGGAACCGGCACUGAUGCCCUCCUUACCCACCAAUCAGAAGCCUCUGAGGGAGGCUCCGCCAACAACCCCUAAUACGAAGCCGCUCCUUCUGACCCCGCCCAAAAUGCCUGCAGCUGCCAUCACCCCGGAAACCCCUGCAAUCUCUCCACUCACACCCAGCCAGCCUGAUGCACAGCACUCUGAGCUGAAGCAGGCAGUUUUGUCCAGACAGAGGGAGUACAAGAUGGCUGCCAUAAAUGCCAAACAGAGCGGAGACAUUGACCGGGCCAAACAACUCUACCUCGCUGCCAAGAAGAUGGAUGUGCUGGUGGAGGAAAUGGACAGAGGUGAACCGGUAGACCUGAGCUUACUACCUCCCCCUCCUGGAGACGUAUUAGUUGAACACCGUGCACCUCCUCCUCCUCAAUCUUCCAUCAAACCAGCUGCUCCUGCUGCUCCUGCUGCUCCUGCUCCUACCAGUGUGGCCCCGGCAGACCUUCCUGCACCCAGCAGUCUGGCAGAAGCCCUGCAGCAGAGGUUGGAUGUCUACAAGUCAGCAGCAGAGGGCGCUAAGAGCAAAGGGGAUGAUCGAAAGUCGCGCAUGCAUCAACGAAUUGUCAAGCAAUACCAGGAUUCAAUCAAAGCUCAUAAAGCUGGACGGCCAGUCAACUUAGCCGAGCUUCCUGUGCCGCCAGGCUGUCCGCCACUUCAGGGCUCAGAGGGGAGUCAGCAGCAGAACUUCAUUGGUGUCCUGGAAACAGCUAUGAAAAUAGCUAAUCAGGACGCAGAUGGAGAAGAUGAUGAAGAUGGUACUCCAACAGAGUCUGCCAAGCCUGCAGUGCGCCCAUCUGCCCAGAAAGCUAAGUCUCCUGCUCCCCAGCCCCCUGGAGGCUCCACAGCUGUGAAACUGGGACAUAAAGCCCAGCAGCAAGUGGAUUUCCUGUUGCUAAGGAGACAGGGUUUUUUGCGCGCAGCUCUGCGCUCCAAACAGAUGAAGGACAUGACGGGAGCAGCGCAGCACCUCAGAAAUGCCAAGGGUCUGGACCCCAUGAUCAAUGCUGCCAGGUCUGGCCUCCCUGUUGAUGCCACCAAGAUUCCGAACUGCCCGGAGGAGGAGUUCUCUCUGUCUCGCUCCCGUACGUCCCCUGUCUCCCCUCGCUCCAGUGAACAGUACCACGGCCUUAUGGAUCUUUUACGAAAGCAGCACGAGAAAUGUGUGAGCUCCUCCCAGCAGUUCACAAAAGUGGGCAAUAUACCUGAGGCUCUGAAGUUUGAGAAGCUAGCUGAGGAGUGUGUGAAGUACAUAGAGAUACUGAAGAAUGCCCACGCCAAAGGCCACCCAGUCCCCAAGUGCCACACAGAGGAGAGAACCUUCAAUACUUUCAAGAGCUACUCCAACCUGACACUUAAUGACCUGAUGCUCUACAUAGUCAAAGGCAUUAAUCUGCCAGCUCCCUCAGGUGUCUCAGCUAAUGAACUGGAUGCAAGUGUUAAAUUCGAGUUUCCUUUCCCCACUACGGAGGAUGCUCAGAGAGACAAAACCAGCACAGUAAGGAACACCAACAGCCCAGAGUUUAAGGAGGAAUUCAAACUUAACAUCAACCGCUCCAUUCGAGGCGUUAAACGAGUCCAAUCAAAAGGCAUCAAGUUUGAAAUCGUCCACAGAGGAGGAUUGUUUAAGACGGACAAAGUAGUGGGCACAGCUCAGCUGAAGCUAGAGGCUCUAGAGAACCACUGUGACAUUAGAGAGAUCAUAGACGUGAUGGAUGGACGUAAAACCACUGGCGGCAAGUUGGAGGUGAGGGUGAAGAUCAGAGAGCCUUUAUGUGGAGUUGAUGUCACACCAGUGACAGAGAAGUGGCUCGUACUCAUUCCAGUCUCCUCCCUCUCUCCUCCAGAGAAACAAAAGGAGCGGGCUCCAUCUCCUCGAUCUAAGCCCAGACAUGAAGUGAGCAGCAGCAGCAGCAGCAGCAGCAGCAGGAGCAGUCAUCCCAGCAACUCUCCUCCACAGUACAAUCUCCACAGCUUCAGCCUCCUCAACUAUGACAGGGAUCGGGUGGAGAGGAAGAUUGCAGAGUACCGAAAGAAUCGGCGGGACCCUCCGUCUGACCUCAUCCAUCAACACAAACAGGUCACACACCGACUGCAGUGGCAGAAAGCACAGCUGGAGCGAGCCACUCCUGCCCUGCUGACAGAAUAUGAAAAUGUGCUGCGGCGCCUGGUCCAAGGACUUGCUGACUCAGUGAAGAAAUUCUCCAGCCAAGGCAACAGAGAUGCUGCCAAGGAUGCACUUGGCAGGGUGAAGAUGGUAGAGACUGAGCUGGAGUCACUUACAAGGAAACGUGCUGGAUAAGAGGAGAAAAAGGGAGCAGGGACUUGGCUGGAGGACUGUUGUUUCAUUUUUUUUUCGAUACACACUUGCAUACAACACUACGGUUAGUACUGUAAGCGCGUUUAGAAUGACUCUGUGCUGCUCAUGUCCAUGACAACUGCAACAACCAACCUGCUAAUUCCCUCAUAUAACUUGUGUCUGUUGUGAUUGGUCGCCGGCCCCAAUAACUGAGAACAAACCUGCAACAACGAAGGGACGAAAUUAAAGCUAAUAUUAUGUAAUGUGUUAAAGAGUUAAGGGAGAGGCAGGUGUAUUUGCACUUAAACAAGAAAGACACUACAGCUUCUGCAAGGACAGCUUUACAGAUUUUUCUCCCACUCCACUCCCCAAUUUUUUGUAUAUUUCCAUCUUUCCAUUGAGAAUUGUUGGUUAGAGCUGUAACUGACACCAGCUCAAAUAGUCUUUUGGUUUCCAUAGAUGACCAAAAAGUGUGCAUGUGUGUGUGUGAGCCUCCUCUGAAGUGUGUUUAACCAGUGGACUGAGGUGUUUUAACCCCUUUCCCCCAUAUUUUAUGUGUGUAAUGAGCUUAAUCUAAUCUGUCUGCUCCAGUGUUCCCAGAUUACAGUAAUCUGCUCCGUUUGGAGUGGUGUGAUAUGGGAAUAAAAAAACCACAGCUACAGCCUACAACCCAUAAUGAGGGAUUAGUGUUUGUGUCACCAAGGAGACGACUAGAUCAGACGUAGAGUCGCCUUUGGGGCCGUGGAGAGGGGGUGUUAACAGCGUACCAUGAUUGUGGUUGAAGCUUAACCCUCCUAAAGUAUUACCGCUUCUGCUUCUUCUCCAUCAUCAGCUGUUUCUCUGUCGUUUCCUUCAUCUUCACUUUCUUCACACCAAUUCAGAGAUUAUUCAAAGUAUUGAGUAAUAUGUUGCUUCUUUUUGAUUAGGAAAUAAUUAGUGACCGCUACAUCAGUUUUCUGCAGAUUUUGGUGUUCGCAGUUUUCAAAAAUACUGAAAGAUACUGUCCCACUAAAUGAGCUCUGCAGUGGCAGCACAGCCGGAUGCUGAAUAGUCUGCCCACACGAGGACAACCCAGUAUCUGUCAGUAAGGCUGGGCAAUUGCUCAUUUCUAUUUCUGUUUCCCCAUAGACAUCCCUGUCACGGGCAUCUCUGUUAUUCCUCUCUCCACCUGUUUUUUUCACUGUAAAGUCAAGGUUAUCUUGUAAAACUUUGACAGGUGUAAAAAAUCCCUACUGACUAAGACAGACAUCUUGAGAAUUAAUCAUUUACCAUAAAAGACCACAACAGACACUUUUGGGACAGAUGUCUGAGAGUGAUGUGUUUGACGACCUGCUAACCUGACAGCAGAUCCAUAUCAACUGUAGCCAGGCUUAUUCUAUGUAUACAUUUGACUCCUCUGAGUCCAUGAUGUUUGGUAACUCAACUAAUAGUGUUUUUGGUCACGUGGCAGAGCAGAGAAUCCUAUGCUUGUCCUAAUCCACCCACCAUCUCGCUCCAUUAGCAAAUAAUCCCGGUUAAAGAUGCAGCUCUCCAUAAACUGUGUUUUUAUUUAUCUAACCCCCACCCCCCCACCCCCUCUGACCUCAGGAGAGGUUAUCCUCUGACUCUUUGUAAAUGGGACAUUAUGGUGCUUUUGAUCAGCUGAUGUUUUUAGAUGGACAAGACAGAGGAAUUUAUCAUUAUAGUAAACUAACAUUUAGCAUCUCAACCUCAAGUCAUGUAAACGUCUACUCACGAUUUUGGAUGUAGUUUUGUCUUUCAGGCAACUCUUAAGUUUCUAUUGAAACUGUUUCAGUUUGAUCUCAACAUUUGCCUUAUUGAGUUGUGUCGACUCAAUUAAAUUCAAACUAAUUUAAAGGGUCCACUAAUAGCUUUUCAUUUUAUAUGAAAAUAAAUGCAAACCAAUGGUACCUGAAACAAUAAAGACAGAGAUAGAAUGACUAGUAAAUACCUCCACCAAAGCCAAACACUUGUCAACAGAAGACACAUUUAAAUUCACUAGAUACAUUUUUAUUUGGAUCUGCACCUAAUUUCACGCACGCACGCACGCACGCACGCACGCACGCACGCACGUACGUACGUAUCAGUCCCCUAGAUGGGUAGAUGGGCCAGACCUUAUCUCAGAAUGUGAAAGAAAGUUGGGGAAUAAAUCCUGAAUCCGACCUCUCAUCUGGAUCUGCACCAAAAUCGAAUGGGUUCUCCCCUUCGUUUUCUUACUGAUUAAUCCUCCAGUUUUUUCCUGAUUGAUGAUUAAGUCAGAAAAAAGUGUUUUGACAGUUGAAUGUUUCGUAUUUUAGCUUGAAAGAAAUAUUUAAUAGUUUUUCCAAAAUAUUUCAGAUGUCCAAAAACCUGCUAAGUCAUUGGUAUCAUCCUAACAAAUAAUGUGUUUUACAGACUCUGAGUGUGACCACGCACAGUAGCUCUGAUAUAAUUUGGGGUUUGCUCUACUCAUGUGCUUUAAAAGCAUUAAGAGCAUGAGAAACUGCAGCUGCACCCGUUUCUUUCCAUUCAAUGGCUUUAACCCCAUCUCACCCCCAAGCACAGAAAACCUCAUGCUACGUCACCCCACUCCUCAAGUAACCUUGUGGCCUCUGAGGCUGCUCUGUUGUCAUGGCAGUGAGCUCAUCAGCAUUCAUUGUGGUAGCUGGAUGGCCAGGACCCGGGCAAAGGGACAUAUUGUUAGAUUGUCCUGCUGGUGACUCACAACACUUUCCUGCAUUUACCACAGACACCUUACACACACACUCCUCACUCUCCUUUUCUUUCGGUUUGUUUGACUAUUUUCCUCUUUUUUUUGGUCCUCUUCUGUAACCGGACCACACUCCAUUUACACAAAGAGAAAGUUUGGUGGAUGUUUAUCAUUACUGUUAAUCCUUCUGUCUUGAUCAGUUGCAGUAAAUGUGUUCAUCUGGGAUGGGAUGAUAUUUUUUAUUGAUCCUUUGAAAUUUUUCUCCAGAUAUGUUAAAUCGUAUAAGGGCAAUCAUUCUAAAUGUAAUGUAGAUAUACAGCAUAAUAUGCACUUUCUCUAUUUUAAGUCCAAGUCAUGAUGACGUGUAGCUCAAAAUGGGAAUGUAUGAAGGCCUGAUUGUUUAGGCUUUACUAUCUUAUACAUGAGGUUAGUGUGAACAUGAAUAAAAUUGAAUCACCUCUGA